AAGAAUGAAAAGAGCAGCAGCCUGAGCCUGUGCCGGUCGAGCAAGUCAGCUUUAAACCUAACGCACAUCCAAAAGCACAAGCCAUGAGUCGGAUCUGAGGCAGCAGAGCCCGAGAGAGAGAGAAGAAGAAGAAGAAGAAAACACACACACACUCACAUACAUACAUACAUACAUACACACACACACACUCACACUCACGACCGCGAGGGGAAUCCGCUGAGAGGAUCGGCUCAGACAGAGUGAGCUGCCGUAGAUUGUCCAAAGGGGCAGCGUUUCUCCCAGUUCCGGUUUGUCCGCCUGUGUGCGCUGUGCGAGUUGGGACCACCAAACAAAAGGCUGCCGUCAUCCUACUGGAGAUCCUCAGCUGCGAGAGAGUCCGUCUGCUGGAUGCUAACUCAACAUGAGCUCCUAUUUUGUUAACCCUCUUUUUUCUAAGUACAAAGGCGGAGAGUCACUGGAGCCAACUUACUACGACUGCAGGUUUCCACAGAGCGUCGCCCGCAGCCACACGCUGGUGUACGGACCGGGGGCAGCGGCACCGGGCUUCCAGCAUCCGUCCCAUCACGUGCAGGACUUUUUCCACCACGGCACCACGGGGAUCUCGAAUCCCGGAUACCAGCAAAACCCCUGCGCUCUGGCUUGCCACGGGGACGCGACGAAAUUUUAUGGAUAUGAAGCCCUUCCGAGGCAAACGCUUUAUGGUACCCAGCAAGACGCGAGUCUAGCGCAAUAUCCAGACUGUAAAUCGUCGAGCAGCUCUAACCCCGGAGAAGGACAAGGCCACUUAAAUCAAAACUCCUCUCCCAGUCUUAUGUUCCCCUGGAUGAGACCCCACGCCCCAGGAAGAAGGAAUGGCAGACAAACCUACAGUCGGUACCAGACCCUGGAACUGGAGAAGGAGUUCCUCUUCAACCCUUACCUGACCCGCAAGAGGAGGAUCGAGGUGUCCCACGCCCUGAGCCUGACCGAGCGGCAGGUGAAGAUUUGGUUUCAGAACAGGAGGAUGAAGUGGAAAAAAGAGAACAACAAAGACAAGUUUCCGGGUCAGAGGGGUGAGGCCGAAGCCGAGGGCGAGGAGGAAGGCACCGAGGACGCUGAAGGGGAAGAGGCCGAGGAGAAAGAAGUGGAGGAGAAAGAGGAGAGCAAGGAGUGAUUUUAUGGUCCCUUUUUAUUGUUAUAUGGCUGAAAAAGGCAGAAAAAGGAGAAAGAAUGAGGGAGAGAGAGGGGAGAGAGAGGGAGAGAGAGGUGUCAUAAACAGACGAGGAGUCACAAGGAGAGCAGAGAGCGUCCACUUCAUGACGACACCCUUUUAUUUUGUCCAGAGGGAACAGGAAUCCCACUAAUAAUGCUCUCAUAAACACACACAGCGCCCUCACAGAUAUCCUAAUUCCAUUUAUUUUUUUAUUUUUUAUUUUUUGUUUUCAAGAAACACCUCCGAAAAAUAUAUUUUUUAUUUUUACCUGAGCUGUCGCCCUGACCACAAAAAACCAAGGGUAAAUCCGUAAAAGCGCACGUUAAUUUUUAUUUUUUUUACCAAACAGCUUAGCUCUUAUAAUUCUUUUUU